AUGGGCCUAACAAAAAGAGAAAUCUUGGACAGAACCCACAGAUCAGAAAGCGCAAAACAAAGCGCAUCUAUAUUCAGAGAAAAUAACAAAUGCAAUCUUGAAGAAAUCCAUAAAGAGUGGGGAGACAGGCUCGUAAAAGAACUUCAGAUAUUUACGCUGCAGGAGAACUACGGUCAGUUCAAGGAAAAAGAAGAGAUCAUACAGGGCAACCCUGCAUGGCACGUGUCUAUGCCCUACGAAAGACUCGCUUAUUUUCAAAAAGCCAUUUUAGAGAGAAAAGACAAAAACUACGCUCCCAUUAUCCCAAAACUCGCCAUGCUUAUAGAGGUAGUAAGCGUGUACGAGCAAGAGAACGAAACAGAAGUUGACUGGGACCUGAUUAUUCUCCCAAAGCUCAUAGACAUCUUUGAUGAGUACAAUCUCGCCUGGUUCUGGCAGAUCCCCUUCUGUUUUGAUUUCUACGACAUGCGAUCGUGGAGCAUUUCCGUGGCAUACGAUGUGGUCACAAAAAAAAUCCCAUGGCAUGCAGCUGUCAAGCUGAUAAAAAGGAAAAAAGUGCAUAAAACCCUUACCGAGCAGCUAGACGAGUCUGCACAGGACACCGAGCUGCUGAUAUCUCUGAGCACAGAAAUAGAUCUACAGCGGCUUGCAGAAGAAUCACUCCACAAUCCAAAGGCGAUGAAGCAUUUGUCUUUCUGCACAUUCUGCAACAAAAAAGGCCAUAUUGCAGACGGGUGCAACUCGCAGAAGAAAAAAGCAAGACAGCAGGGAACAGAGUAUUCUCUUCUCCAAGUGGCAUCAAAUAUACCGAAAGUGGUAAAUUCAUCUGCGAUUUACAAAACAAUAACCAUUGCAGGAAAUGCUCUAACGGGAAGACACAGCACAGGAUCUGACAUAAACAUAGUGGACUGGAAAAUAUACCAUAGCAUUGCAACAAAAACACCGUCGUUCAAAAUAAAGUUCCAUAGCUAUAUUAUAAAAGACCCUAUGGGCACAGUCAUCCCGUCCACCUGGUACGUAGAGGCGCAGGUUAUGUACCACAGCAAGCACAUAGGAGUGCACAAAUUCUACGUGAUUGACAUUGAUCAGCCAAUUGAGACAAUAUUCGGUCUGUCUCUUAUCCAGGCAUGCGCACAGAUAGAAAACAGCACCCUUGAAGGAGCGCUGCCAAAGAAGAAAAAGAUGCCCUAUGCGUCUAAACUGGCGUAG